AUCAGUCGACGUCGACAGUCCUUGGGAUAUGACUGUGAUUUCGUAGUAGGGUGCUAACUGUAGCUAGCCCGUUAGCGGAUCACCAGGGGGGAGUGUUAGGAGAACGUUAGCCGAAAGAGAGGAGGGCGAGUGCCGACGCUUUCUCCCGAUACACCCGUGCUUUCCGUCAGUCUCACCAUUUCUGAAAAGAUGACGCCGAUAGUGUUCCCGUUUUCCGGCAAAAGAAGCUGACUCAACUUAAGCUAGGCGGCUAGCUAGCGUGUUACCUAACUUGUGAAUUUCCUAACUUAGCGUGUGUUUCUUUGUGUGUGUGUCUGUGCGUGUGUGUCUGUGUGAGUGUGUACUUGGUCCGGAGCAACGGUCGCGGUUCGUCCGUUAGCUCGGAAGUCGUUAGCUGCUACAUUAGCUGUCACGCUAGCAUAACAACCCCUCGCCGGGAGCUGUGUGCCAAGUCGGAACAGUUGAGAGUAUUGCGCUAGCUCGGCGAGGCUAGUCGGCAGGUGUUGGCAACAUGAAGGAGGCUGAGGCGGACACGCUGGGGUUCGUUCCUCAAAAAGACAUCGUCUACAACAAACUUCUGCCGUACGCGGACAGACUCGACGCGGAAUCCAACUUGAUUCUGAGCAAAAUCAAAGGGAACUUGAGCCGAGCGGUUCUGCUGAGAGAGAUAUGGCCCGGGGUGCUGUUCUGGACGAGGAAACUUUCCACGUACAUGAGGCUGUACGGACGGAAGUUCAGCAAAGAAGACCAUGUAUUGUUUAUCAAGUUGCUCUACGAGCUAGUGACGAUCCCCGGACUGGAGAUCAGCAUGAUGCAGGGCCUUGCUCGGCUUCUUAUCAACCUCCUCAAGAAAAGGGAGCUGCUUUCAAGGGAGGACCUUGAGCUGCCAUGGAGACCACUGUACGAGCUCCACGACCGGAUUCUUUUCUCUAAAACAGAGCAUCUGGGCCUCAACUGGUUCCCCAAUUCCCCACGGCCUCGUUCAUCCUCUAAACACAUAAUUCUAAAAUUGGUUCAGAGGUGCUCUGUGGAAAAUGUGUUGAAAACACUUGUGAAAAGCUCCCGUCAAUACUUUCCGGAGUCUGCCACUCAGGAGAUGCUAGAUGAAUGGAGACCACUCCUCUGUCCGUUUGAUGUCACCAUGCAAAGAGCGAUCAGCCUCUUUGAGCUCUUCCUACCCACGACCUUGCCGCCAGAGCAGCAUGACAAGGGGUUCAAGUUGUGGUUUGAUGAAAUGAUCAGUUUAUGGGUUUCUGUGCAAAAUCUCCCAAGCUGGGAAGUGCAUCUGGUCAGUCUGUUUGCCCGCUUGGCUUAUGACAACAUUGGCUACAUUGAUUGGGACCCUUAUAUCCCCAAGAUUUUCACAAGAAUUUUGAGGAGUUUGAAUCUCCCUGUGGGAACCAGUCAGAUGAUGGUUUCACGUUAUGUCACUAAUGCCUACGACAUCGGCCACGUGGUGCUUUGGGUCUCAUCCCUCCUAGGAGGACCCAGCAAGCAGACCCAAGCACAGCUCAGUGGCCUUUUCAACAGUAUAACAUCCUUCUUCCACCCAUCAAACCAUGGUCGCUGGUUGAUGAAGCUUAUGAGGCUUCUCCAGCGUCUCCCGGCCAGCGUAGUACGGCGGCUGCACAGAGAGCGCUACAGAAAGCCCUCGUGGUUGACACCGAUACCAGAGAGCCACAAGCUCACAGAGGAGGAUAUCACAAACUUUGUGGAGAGCAUGAUGCAGCCGGUUCUGCUGGCCAUGUUCAGCAAGACGGGCAGCCUAGAUGCAGCCCAGGCCCUGCAAAACCUGGCUCUAAUGAGGCCUGAGCUAGUUAUUCCUCCUGUGCUGGAGAGAACAUACCCAGCCCUGGAGACUCUAACAGAACCCCACCAGCUGACGGCCACUCUGAGCUGCAUGAUUGGUGUGGCACGGAGCCUGGUGUCAGGUGGGCAGCGCUUUCCUGAGGGGCCCACUCACAUGCUGCCCCUGCUCAUGAGGGCUCUGCCUGGCGUCGACCCAAAUGAUUUCAGCAAGUGCAUGAUCACGUUCCAGUUUAUUGCUACAUUUGUGACUCUUGUGCCUUUGGUGGACUGUUCAUCUGCCCUUCAUGAAAGAACCGACUUAACAGAGGUGGAAAGAGAGAUGUGCUCGGCCUCAGCUGAGUUUGAAGACUUUGUGCUUCUGUUCAUGGACAGAUGUUUUGCCCUGAUCGACAGCAGCACUCUGGAACAAACUCGAGAGGAAACAGAAACGGAGAAAAUGACUCACUUGGAGAGUCUGGUAGAACUCGGCCUGUCCUCCACCUUUAGUACCAUCCUCACUCAGUGUUCUUUGGACAUAUUCAAGGUGGCUCUGGUUAAAGUGUUCAACUUUGCAACCACCAACAUCUUUGAGACCCGUGUAGCUGGGAGAAUGGUGGCUGACAUGUGCAGAGCUGCUUCAAAGUGUCACCCUGCAGAGUCUCUUAAGAUGUUUGUGCCACACUGCUGCAAUGCCAUAAACCAAAUCGCUGUCAACGAGGAAGUGUUAAAUGAGGAGGAGCUUGACAAGGAGCUGUUGUGGAAUCUCCAGCUUCUGUCUGAGGUGUCCCGUGUUGACGGUGACAAGAUCCUGCCCUAUCGGUCUGAGCUGGUCCAGAUUUUGCAGUUGACACUGCACCUCAAGUGUAAGCAGGGCUACAUUCUGGCCUGCAACCUGCUUCACCACAUUCUUCGAUCUACUGUCCUCAUCUACCCCACCGAGUACUGCAGCAUGCCAGGAGGCUUUCACCAACCAACUAAGGACUACCUCCCCAUCAAGGACUGGGGUCGGCCUGGGGACCUCUGGAAAUUGGACAUCCGAUGGCACGUGCCCAGUGUUGAGGAGACAUCUUUUGCGUUUUAUAUACUGGACCUGAUCCUCCAGCCGGAACUUCAGCGCCUUCAGAGAUUUGCACAGGGAGAACAGGACAUGAGCAGAGAUGAUGUCCUACAAAGUCUGACCAUUAUUCAGCACUGCAUGCUGGGUGCUGGAACUCUGAUGGCUCCACUGAAAGGAGAACCCAUCCCUGAACUUGUCCACAGCAUGGUGAAUCUAGAUGAGACCGUCCUCUACACAGGAAUUGAGUAUGAUGCAUCCAGAGAGAACUACAGAGAUGCUAUCUGUAGUGUAAUGAGAAAACUGCUGAAAUACAUCCUGGAGCACUCUGAGGAUGACACCAAGUCACUUUUCUCCAUCAUCAAGAUUAUCAGCGACCUGUUGCACUUCAAAGGUUCUCACAAACACGAGUUUGACUCCCGCUGGAAGAGCUUCAACCUUGUGAAGAAAUCAAUGGAAAACAGACUUCACGGCAGAAAGCAGCACAUCAGAGCUCUGCUUAUAGACAGAGUCAUGCUCCAGCAUGAGCUGAGAAAGCUGACUGUGGAAGGAUGUCAGUACAGGAGCAUCCACCAGGAUCUGAUGAGAGAUCUGUUGAGGCUUUCCACAAGCACCUACAGUCAAGUUCGCAGCAGAGCUCAGAACGUCUUGUUCACUGCUCUCGGAACCUAUAACUUCUGCUGCAGAGAUCAAAUCCCCCACGUCCUUGAGUUUCUCAAUCCGGACAACAGCAGUGUAACACAGCAACAGUUCAAAGGUGCCUUGUACUGUCUUCUGGGGAAUCACAGCGGGGUGUGCCUGGGCAACCUGCACGACUGGGAAUGCAUUACGCUGACGUGGCCCGCCAUCGUGCGCUCUGGCCUUAGCACGGCCAUGUCUCUGGAGAAGCCCUCCAUUGUUCGGCUCUUUGAUGACCUUGCAGACAAAAUCCAUCGGCAGUAUGAGACCAUCGGCAUGGACUUCUCUAUACCUGCUGAAAGCUGUGUUGUGGCCAAACAAAUUAUGAUCACUGGAAAUCCUCUUCCUGAGGACCCCGUCCCUUCAGAGGAAGAAAUGGCCGAGGGUGUAAAGAGGCAGGAACUCAAGAACUCUGAGUCUGUUGAGAAAUACAAACAACUCAUUGGUGAUCUGCUGGACUGCCUCAGCAACAAAAACAGCAACAUGCCUUGGAAGUUUGAACACAUUUCAAUUGGCUUCUUGUCAUUACUGCUGAGAGACGACCAGCAACUCCCACCACCUGCCGUUAUGUUCUUUGUCAAAAGCCUCAACCAUGACUCCCUCUACGUCCGCAAGGUGGCAAUAUCAGCCGUAGCAGGGAUCAUGAAACAAAUAAAGAGACCCCACAAGAAGGUCCCUGUCAGCCCCACUGAGCUUUGUGGAGUGAAGGAGCUCUGUGAUAAAGUGGCAGGAGACCGUGCAGACAACCAGUGGCUCCAGUAUAACAGCAGCAGUCUGCCACGCACACAGAAGGACUGGGAUCAGACUGUGUUUGUGGAAAAGACUCACUGGGGAUACCACUCCUGGCCAAGAAAAUUAAUGAUGUAUGCACCGAUGAAGGACCAACCCAAACAGAAUCUGUCCAGAGAUGAAAUGACAGAGAGGGAGCAGAUCAUCUUUGACCAUUUCUCCGACCCAGUAUUCAUCAACCAGUUUAUUGAGUUUCUGUCCCUUGAGGACCGUAAGGGCAAGGACAAGUUCAGCCCUCGCAGGUUCUGUUUGUUCAAGGGAUUGUUCCGCAACUUCAACGAUGCCUUUCUGCCAGUGCUGAAGCCACACAUGGAGCGCCUGGUGGCAGACACCCACGAGAGCAAACAGCGUUGUGUUGCGGAGAUCAUCUCUGGGCUGAUCAGAGGCUGCAAGCACUGGAGCUACACAAAGGUGGAGAAUCUUUGGGAGGUGUUGUGUCCACUUCUCCGUAUCGCCCUCACAAACAUCACGAUAGAAACCUACGCUGACUGGGGAACCUGCAUCGCCACAGCCUGUGAGAGCAGAGACCCACGCAAGCUUUACUGGCUGUUUGAACUGCUAAUGGAGUCUCCAGUGAAUGGCGAGGGCGGCUCCUUUGUGGAUGCCUGCCGUCUGUACGUGCUGCAGGGAGGCCUGGCUCAGCAGGAGUGGCGUGUUCCGGAGCUCCUUCACAGGUUGUUGCAAUACCUGGAGCCCAAACUCACACAGGUCUACAAGAAUGUACGAGAGCGAAUCGGCAGCGUGCUCACGUACAUCUUCAUGAUUGAUGUGAACUUGCCGCACACCCAGCCGACCACGUCUCCGCGCAUCUCUGACUUCACCGAGCGCAUUUUGUUGCAGCUGAAGCCUCUAAACGAGGGCGACGAGGAGAUCCAGAACCACGUGAUGGAGGAGAACGAUGUGGGGGUGCAGGAUGAGAGGACGCAAGCCAUCAAGCUUCUUAAGACAGUGCUGAAGUGGAUGAUUGCGAGUGCUGGUCGCUCCUUCUCCACUGCUGUGCCAGAGCAGCUGCGGCUGCUUCCCCUGCUUUUCAAGAUUGCUCCAGUUGAGAAUGAUGACAGCUACGAUGAGCUGAAGAGGGACGCAAAGACCUGCCUGUCCCUGAUGUCUCAGGGACUCCUCUACCCGGACCAGAUCCCCAUGGUCCUCAGUGCUCUGCAGGAGAUUGCUGGCAGCAGCUCCUGGCACGCUCGCUACACGGUGCUCACAUACCUCCAGAUCAUGGUCUUUUACAACCUGUUCACCUUCAUGACCGACCAGAAAGCAGUAAACGACGUGCGGUCGCUCGUGAUCCAACUGCUGGAGGACGAGCAGCUUGAGGUGAGAGAAUUGGCCGCCACUACACUCAGUGGCUUCCUUCAGUGCAAUUUCCUCUCCAUGGACGCCCCCAUGCAGGCACAUUUUGAGGCCCUCUGCAAGACUUCCCUACCCAAGAAGAGGAAGAGGGAGCUCAGCUCUAUAGUGGACACUAUACCCUCUGCCGACCUGGUGCGGCGCCACGCUGGUGUUCUCGGGUUGAGUGCGUGUAUUCUGUCCAGCCCGUACGAUGUGCCCACCUGGAUGCCGCAGCUCUUGAUGGACCUCAGCGCUCACCUCAAUGACACACAACCCAUUGAAAUGACUGUGAAGAAAACUCUGUCAAACUUCCGACGGACUCACCAUGACAACUGGCAGCAGCAUAAGCAGCAGUUCACAGACGACCAGCUGCUCGUUCUGACUGACCUGCUGGUCUCGCCCUGUUACUACGCCUGAAACCCGGUAAAGCGUAGACGCGUGACGCCGUUCUCCAGAAAGACAUUUCACCGAUCGUGUUCACCAGCACACCCACAAGAUAUUAAACCUGAAUCGUCACUGAAGACCAUCGAAUGACACUGCUCGUCCCAGAGAGGAUAGGAGACAACUCCUGGAGCCACCUCUCUACAGUUCUGUUUGCCUGUGUCCCACUUGUGUCAGCGUGGGACGACUGACUGUACAGACUCAAGCCUGCAUGGGGACCACGGCUCCAGUUCCUGACUGAAGACAAAGACAGUGGCACACGAGUCGACUGAGUUGUGGCACACAGAAUGAUUGAUGAGAUGUGUAUUUAUGUAUUUAGCUCCUUUACAUUUCUACUAUACUUAAUAUUUAAGGAUCAAUCAUUGCAGGGAUGAGUGACCUGCAGUUUGUAACAUUACUGUACAGCAUUUCCCC